AUCGCUUACCUUUUACUCCGAUGAAAUUCCAAACAGAAAAUGAGAUUCUCGCUGUAAAUAUCCCAUUCUCUUCUCUGCACUUCCAGGCUCCAGCACCAAAAAAAAAAAAGUUCAAAACCUUCAAAAAAACCCUAUCAACUAAAGCUACCAACCAACCUCCCAUGGCCUCAUCUACCCAACCAACGCCUAACCGCCACCACUCUAACCUCUUCCACUCCGCCACCACUGCUCUUAUCUCUCUUAUCUCCACCACUAAAACGUCACCGUUUUCAACAAUCCCGCUAUCUCCUUCUAAAAUUUGCAUUCCUUUCCAAUUUGCUGACUCCUCUUAUCCACUCACCCAAGCCACCGGCUCCCCCUUCGACUCUACUCAGCCAGACUCGGUCUCUUCAAAAUCGGCCGCCGUUAAGGGCUUGUCCUCUGCUGAGUCGAACUCGGGCUUCCCAUCAACUGUCAGGAUUGCUGGCCUCAAAUCAAAUGGCAAGAGUGGUGGGCCCGCUUUCGUGGGUCAGGUUUUCAGCAUGUGCGACCUUUCAGGGACUGGGCUCAUGGCUGUCUCAACUCAUUUUGAUAUUCCUUUCAUUUCAAAAAGAACACCUGAAUGGCUCAAGAAGAUAUUUGCAACAGUCACCAAGAGUGAGAGGAAUGGUCCUGUGUUCCGUUUCUUCAUUGAUUUAGGUGAUGCAGUUACAUAUGUUAAACGGCUAAAUAUUCCAAGUGGUGUGGUGGGUGCUUGUCGUCUUGAUUUGGCAUAUGAACAUUUCAAGGAAAAACCUCACCUGUUUCAGUUUGUUCCAAAUGAGAAACAGGUCAAGGCAGCAAACCAACUUCUCAAGACAAUUCCUAAUGGGAGGAGGAAGGUAGAUGGGGUUCCCGUUUUCACGGCUCAAAAUUUAGAUAUAGCCAUAGCUACUGCAGAUGGGAUUAAAUGGUAUACGCCAUACUUCUUUGAUAAAAACAUGCUAGAUAACAUUCUUGAAGAAUCUGUUGAUCAGCAUUUCCACUCUUUAAUUCAAACUCGGCACAUGCAGCGCCGACGCGAUGUGGUAGAUGACAACUUUGCUGCAGAAGUCAUUGAAGAAAUGGGAGAUAGCGUGUUGGAGCCUCCAGAGGUUCAGGAAAUGCUGGAUGAGAUGGGGCAUCCUGGAAUACCUUUGAGUGUCAUUUCCAAAGCUGCUGAAAUCCAGCUUCUCUAUGCUGUUGACAGAGUACUCCUGGGUAAUAGGUGGUUGAGAAAAGCAACUGGCAUCCAGCCCAAGUUUCCAUAUAUGAUCGACUCAUUUGAGAAAAGGAGUGCGUCUUCUUUUCAAAGAGCCUUCGAGUCAACUGGCUAUCUUGCAAACCCUAAAACAGGUGAUGGCACUUCUAAGUGCAAAUUAAAAGACAAUGCUCAAGCCAAUCAUGAACAGAAAACAGAUUUGCCAGAUCUGCGGCUCCCAUUUGGAGAUUGGUUUGGGCAUCCAUGGUUGAAACAAAAGUGGAAACCUGAAAAGCAAUCAGAAAUAAGAUCACAUGACCCAUCAAGUGAAUGCAGAAAGCAAAAGUUAGAGCCCAAUCCUUUUCUUCCAAAGAUUACAAUGGUUGGUAUCUCAACUGGAGAGGCAGGACAAAUGAGCAAAGCUAGUUUAAAGAAGACAAUGGAGGACCUAACAAGAGAAUUGGAGCAAACAGAUCGGGAAAAUGCCCCUGGCAGUAGCAAUAAUAUUAAUGAGUUAGAAAUUGAAUAUAGGGAUCCACUAUUUGUUGCAAAUGUGGGUGAUUACUAUUCUGGUAUGUCAAGGACAAGUUCACCACGAUGGGUCAGUGGAGGAAGCAACUGAAGUCUCCUCGAGAAAAGAAAGCUUCUCAGAAAUGUAAAGUUAAUAGUGUAAUGUUUAAUAGGUCAUAUAUUCUUGGCUAUGUCGCCAAUUUUUUGCGGUUCAGUUGAUGUGGAUGCAUAGUUGUGCAUUUACGUUAUGCUAUCUCACUAUUGUAAAAUGCAACUUAUUUUGUUAUAGAUCAUCUGUUAGCUGGGAUGGUGUUGUCGAUGUGACUUGGAUUUUUAUCAAAUAAUUACAGCCUAUAACCGAUAAAUUAUUUA